UGAAAAAGUCCGUCAUUGGAGUGUAUUUAUAUGCCAAAAAUAGUAGAGAGUUAUAACAUAUCUCUUGACACUUCCUAGAAGUUAACAGGAACCAAAGGUGCUGACCCUACGUUCAGGAAAAGCUACAGGAAAGCGAAUAAGAUGAAACUGCUCAUAUUAGUGUGUCUGCUGAUCCUGAUUGACAUUGGCAUGUGCAGUCCUGGAAAAGGAAAAGGAAAAGGAAAAGGAAGAUAUAGAGAAAAGGGAAAAGUAAAUGUUGGAGAUGAACUGGAUGAGUUAUUGGGAGAAUUUAAAGAAGGAUUGAUGGAGCCACAAUGUUCAGUGGAUCUCGACUGUUCAAAUCUAGCAGUGCUUUUCACAGAGGAUGCAAUUUUUGCACCACAAGAUGCUCCACCUGCAUCUGGACAAACUGAAGUUGUGGAACUCAUAGAGCUCUUCAAGCAAGGUGAUUCUGAUAUAUAUCUCGAAGUUGACUUUGAGGACAUCACAGAAUGCAGAUCGUGUAAUAUAAUAAGUGCAUAUGGAAUUGGCACUAUAUUAUCAAAGGAUGCUGCUGGUGAUCCAGUGCAACUCUAUCAGGCUAGAAUGGUGUUCACCUUCCAUCGGGAAAUGACAGGAGGAGAGAGGAAGUUGCAGAUUAAAUAUUGGGUUUACAACAUUAUUUCAGCAUCUUAACUCUGGCCGUGCCUAACCAAAAAUCAACCAACCAACAUCAACAUAAAACAUCUUGAUAUUGAAUACAGACUUUACUACAAUACUAAUUUUAACUAUGUAUCUUGGUUCCUCAACAAUAAAAUUUGCAUGAUCAAAA